AAGACAAACAAACCACUUCCUCGAAGGUGAUGGUCAUAUGACUACAGCAAAGCACUGCGAGUGAUGUCUGCUCUAACUUUUACUCUUCUUAGUGCAAUAAUAUGUUGUUCUGUGACAGAGAAGCCAACAAAUGUUUCAUCUCCAAACAUUAUCAUCAUGCUCAUGGAUGAUAUGGGUUGGGGGGACUUAGGGGUGUUUGGCCAGCCCUCUAAAGAGACUCCCAAUCUGGACGCCAUGGCUGCUCAGGGCAUGUUGCUUCCAAACUUCUACACUGCCAACCCCCUCUGUUCCCCAUCCAGAGCUGCACUUCUCACCGGCAGACUGCCCGUCAGAAACGGUUUCUACACCACCAAUGCCCACGCCAGAAAUGCAUACACACCACAGGAGAUAGUUGGAGGGAUCUCCAAGGAUGAGAUUUUGUUACCCCAGAUGCUGAAGAAAAAGGGAUAUGUCAGCAAGAUAGUUGGCAAGUGGCAUCUGGGCCACAGACCACAGUACCUUCCUCUGGAGAAUGGUUUUGAUGAAUGGUUUGGUGCACCAAACUGCCACUUUGGCCCAUACAACAGCAGCAUCAGACCCAACAUCCCUGUCUACAACAAUUCUGAGAUGCUUGGCAGAUACUAUGAGGAAUUUAAGAUUAACAGAAAGACUGGAGAGUCCAACCUCACAGAGAUCUAUUUGAUGGAAGGUCUUGACUUCAUACUCCGUCAGACUAAAGCCCGACGGCCCUUCUUCCUCUACUGGGCACCUGACGCCACUCAUGCACCUGUCUACGCUUCCAAACGCUUCCUAGGAAAGAGCCAACGAGGCCGGUAUGGAGAUGCUGUGAUGGAGCUGGACUACAGCAUCGGUCAAAUCUUAUCAUGGCUGCAGACUCUGGGCAUUGACAAUAACACCUUUGUCUUCUUCACUUCAGACAACGGAGCUGCUCUGAUAUCUGCCCCAAAUGAAGGUGGCAGCAAUGGGCCAUUCCUCUGUGGGAAGCAGACCACUUUUGAAGGGGGCAUGAGGGAGCCCGCCAUUGCCUGGUGGCCUGGACACAUCAAAGAAGGCACGGUGAGCUUCCAGUUGGCCAAUGUGAUGGAUCUGUUCACCACCAGCCUGGCUCUGGCUGGCGUCAGCCCUCCUAAUGACCGAACGUUGGAUGGACUGGACCUCACACCAGUCCUGUUAAACCGCUCCCACACACUCCAAAACAGGCCUAUCUUCUAUUACCGUGGGAAUGAGCUGAUGGCUGUGAGGCUUGGACAAUACAAGGCGCACUACUGGACCUGGAGCAACUCAUGGGAGGAGUUUAAAAAAGGUAUCAACUUCUGUCCAGGUCAGGAAAUCCCAGAUGUGACGACUCACGAACAGAAAGAGCACACGAUGCAGCCAAUCAUUUUCCACCUGGGACGGGAUCCUGGGGAAAAGUUUCCAAUCAGUGUGUUGUCUAAGGAGUACCAUGAUGUGCUAAGCAGGAUCUCUCCAGUUGUGGAGCAGCAUAAAAAGACUCUGGUGCCUGGUGCUCCCCAGCUGAACAUGUGUGACGUGGCAGUGAUGCACUGCCCCCUUGUGAUGAACAAGGUUUGGAUGUGAGCUGUCCUGUAUCGUUCUAUUUUGUCCUGUGUCAUGCUAAUAACUGGGCCCCUGCAGGCUGUGAGAAGUUAGGAAAGUGUCUCAAAGUGCCCAAGUCUGAGCCCUGGAAGUGCGACUGGCCACACUGAGAGCAAAACUGUGGAGCCAGACACACGGAUGAGGAAGCAAAACCUAAAGAUGUGCCUUCCUACACAACACAAACAAACUUAUUAUUUAAAAGGAAUCAUUUUUGAAUUCUUUGUAAAUGGAUCAUAUACAGUGUUAAAGAUGACACAGGGUAAAAACAAGGGAAUUGUGUUGGUGUAACACCAUGACUUUGAUUAUGCAAAUAACUGUUAGAGCUGUGAUUUUAAUGAGCCAACAGAAGUUCUACCUGCUCUGGAAGACUGCAGCACCAACAGUCAAAUCACAAAUCAUUUUAGCGAUGAGCACAUAGGGAAAUGUAUUUAUUUUCAUCAUGGUUAUCCAUUGGAUAAAUGGAUUGAUACUGUAUGUUUUUUUUACAUGCUGCAAAACAUGUUUUUUAAAAAUAAAAAGUGAUUUUCAUUUGUA